GUGAAUGGUACUGAGGUUUGCAACAUCGUUAGGACGAGCACGGAAGCUAGCAUUUCUUUAGUCAUCAUGGUUCUUGUGAUAUUAUAUCUUCUGUUCUCCUAAAUGUUUCGUAACUAAACUAAGUGUGUCGUGUCGGAAAUAAUUGCUACACUUGUUGUACGCAUUAAACGUCUUUAAGACUUUAACUUUGGUUAGUUGGAAACUGUGCCUAGAAAAAUUAAAUAGACAGUAUAGACCAAGAUAUUCAAAGAAAGGAAUUGACCUUUCAAUGAUCUCGGUCUAGUGUGGAAAAUAGAAAAAUAAGUUUCUUAACACUCUCAUUCGACAUAGGAUUAAUUUCUUCCCAAUAAAUGAUGGAUUUGCUACGUGCUCGGGCGGAAGGAAAUCAGCUCGGUAGUCUCAUGGGAAUGAACUCUGUAUUGGCAAGUCGACCCAACCCCAUGGCUGGAAUAUCUUCCUCUAACAUGUCUCCCUAUUCAAAUUUCAACCCUGAAUUACUGAGUCACGGGGCUCCUUACAUGACUCACCACCUCGCUGGCUACCCUCAUAAUUCAAGUCAUAUUACACAUUCUUCAUCCAGACCUAGGGAGUUUAUUCCGCAGUACGGUUUGUCUCCGGUUUCUCAUAAGCCAGCGGAGCGUUGCUUAGAGGACGAACUUAGUAGUUUUGCUAAGCGUCACUCUAAAUCAAGCUUUGCCAUGACACCGAAGAACGUCGACAACUAUUGCAACGAAGAAAGCAAUGACAGCGUAAAUGAAGACGUAGAUGACUGCUUGGAAGCGAGAUCCAGUGGUCCCGAAGAAAGCCUUUCUGAUGACAUCGGAGAUCGGAGCCCGUCCUCAGGGUCUCCUCCUACUCAGUAUCGAUGCGACGUCUGCAAUAAAGUCUUUGCCAUUCCCGCUCGACUGAUGCGUCAUCAAAGAAUUCACACUGGGGAGAAACCUUUCAAAUGUGAGUAUUGCCACAAAACGUUCAGUGUGAAGGAGAAUUUGAACGUCCACCGCCGUAUUCACACGAAAGAGCGGCCGUAUUCCUGUACUGUGUGCGGCAGUGCGUUCGAACAUUCCGGCAAGUUGCAUCGUCACAUGCGAACGCACACCGGGGAGCGACCUCACAAGUGUGAGGUUUGUGGAAAGACGUUCGUACAGUCAGGCCAGCUUGUGAUCCACCUCCGGGCGCACACCGGCGAGAAGCCUUAUUCUUGCGACUACUGCAGUAAAGCUUUCACUUGCAGCAAGCAACUCAAAGUGCAUCUCAGGACCCAUACGGGCGAAAAGCCAUACGGAUGCGACAUCUGCGGUAAAACAUUUGGUUAUAACCACGUGCUAAAAAUGCAUAAAAUGUCUCAUCUUGGGGAGAAACUUUACAAAUGCACGCUGUGUGAUCAGAUAUUUUCUUCUAGGAAGACUCUUGAUACGCAUAUUAAGGACCAUGCAGGUGCUGACCCCGAUUCAUCUCCUCCGUCUCAUAUUGAUUCACAAAUGCACGACAGUGAAAAUAGCAAAAGUGGAUCGCCAACUUCUCUUUCUACAGAGGAUUCAUCUUGCUUUCCUAGCGAAAAUAAAUCUCAUAAAAUUUCAAGCAAGCCAAAAAAGAAAAAGUUGGUCGAGGAUCAGUUGAGGCCGACGACAAAUCAGGGCACGUGGGAUGCUGCUAGUCAACAACCACAAGGCCGCACCUCGCCAGGUUCAGACUACGUCAGUGAUGACAGCGGCCGAGGAAUAAGUCCUCUGCCCAGGACACCGCCUGUGUCUCCUUCGAACAUAUCCUCGUAUGCAAGUGACAGCGCAGUCGGUGGUCUACGCAAUAAUUAUGACCAGGCCUCGCCAACUGAUCGACGAGAAUUCGAGUCCUUGAACCCGAAACCUUGCAAACGUAUCCAAAACUGCGAUAAUUUUAAUGAAGUAUGUGGUUUGGACUCCGAAAAGUUUACUAAGCCUUAUUUGGAUCUCGUACAAAAAUUGCAAAGCAAUGCCAAGAGAUCUGAGGGCAGCGAGCUGGAGGGAAGUGAUGCGAGGAACAAUUUUCCUUUUGACCCACCACAAAUUGCAAUAUUUACGACCCAAAGCGGGGAACGUGUGGCCUGUCCUGUGAACCUCCUCUUGCGUCUCGGCGACAUUAAGGACAGCGGCAGCGCACUGCAGGCCAGGCUGCAGAAAGAACUAGAAGUUCGCAUAGCUUUGGAGGAAGCGAGAAGACAAAAAGAAGAGAAAUUUUGCCAACACGUCGUUAAAGUUCUCAAGUCGCUAGUUGGGGAGACCAAAAUGCAGGAGCUUGGUUAUCCCGCUGUCAACAUCGACCAGAUGAUCAUGAAUACUUUGGAACUUAUGCGCACACAGCCAUGUUCUGAGCCCUCACUGGCACCCAUGGACAGAAUUAAGGUCAAUCUCAGGCUUUUACUUGAGUGUUGUGUUCCUGAUCAAGAAAUGUGGGUGCAGUUCGGCUGGAAAGGAAAAUCUAUUGAAGACAUCGUUUUGGAGUUCUUACAACAAUGCUGAUAUCGCAAUUUUCUUUGCUGCUAAUUCCGAUUAGUGUUUUUUAUUUCUUAGUGCCGUAACUCGACUUCUAUAUUCUUUAUUAUUCCAGUGAUUAUUAUAUUAAUAAUUUAACCUCGAGAACACUUCAUGAUAUGAGGAGCGAUGUUUCUGAUCAACAUGCGUCGUAUUUCAUAACUAGAUUUAAUAAUGGAUCACCCAGCUCGCUGUCUUCGUUUGUAAUCAGAUUUGCCUUUCUCAUGAAUUUCACAUCGAGACGUAUCGGUCUCUCCCUCUUUUAAUUGGAGUCUAGCUUCUGUCGCGCAAAGUUUGCUCGAUUUCAAACGUAAAAUAUACGUAAUUCUGGCUAUGUGUUCGAUGUGAGUUCCUCACACGUCUCGGUUAAGGAUACGUCAACAAUAGGCGCCAUCAUCAGACAAGAAAUUAUUUUUAAAUAUUAUGCUGCACUCCAUAGCUGCAGUAUCAGUGACCUCUGCAAGCAAGCCUUCUUAUUGCUUUAUGAUCAUAUUGCUAUGCUUUUGGUCAUUGCUAAGCGGUCAAGCAUUGCAAAGCAUAGCAAUCAUAUUGCUAUGCUCUUGGUCAUCACAUGUCUUGAAUUUCGGCACAAGAUUAUCGGAAUAUUGUCAAGCAUCAAAAGCCGUUUCCACCUUAAUCUGCUAAAGUCGCGUGACCGUAAUAAGUUGAGCUUAUUGCAUGUAUAAGGAAUAUGAAUAGUUUUAUGCCUUGAUAAAAGUCGACCAAUGGCCGCAGAUUUAUUAAUUCUCAUACCAUAUAUUCCAUACCGAGGUUGUAUUAGAAGUAAAAACUCCCAAUUAUGAAGCAUUUUAUUCUACUAUACUCUUGCUUCAAAGUGGUAAUGGUUUCACAUAUUUAUCUUCUGAAUGCAGAUAACCAAAAUUUAUCUAAAUUUAAUUCAUCAAGCCAUUGUAUUGACGCGUGUUGUGGUGGCUGGGUUGUGGGACCAAGUUUUGCCCUUCUUCUUCAAACAUUCUUACCUCAAUGUUGAUGUAUCCACAUGUAACUGUUUACAUUCACAUAUAUAAAAACGUUGUAAAUCUAUUGUCUACACUAUUAUCUAUCUAUUGUCUACACUAUUAUUUUUUUGACUGGUUGAGAAUGGUUCACUUCUCGGCUUAGCUUGUCCUUGUGUGAGCAGAAACUAGGAGAUCAGUUCUGAUCAUCUCGAUGUUCAAAGUUAAAAGACAAAUUUCACGGGUGCUUGUGAAACGUAAUUAAUUUGGAUAUAUUAAUCUCACUGUACAGUUGUUGGUGUCUCCUCUUGUUACGUUCAACGUUCCAUUUUGAUGCAUGAUUGUCUACAUAAUUACAUGUAAAUUGCCGGUCAAGGGUCAUUCAACUUAUAACAUAGCUGUAGAUUAAGAUUUUUAUGUGAGUGUUCUUACCACCUUAUACAUCUACACGUGUAUGUUUUUAAGCAGCUAUUGUUUGCAUGAACUUUGCUUGCAUCACCGCCGUGUGUCUUCAAAUAAUGCACGUGUGUCGAGCAUUUGUUUGACAAAACUUUUCGCUUUAUGUAUACUUUAGCUCGCAUAUGUUUGUAAUAAUGACUAAAGGUCAAAUCCUUCGUUCAGCGUGGAAAAAUGUUAUAAGGACUUGGGUCUCCGGUGCUCAAUCAUUCUUUGAGAUGGGAUCACAAUUCGCGUAAAGAUGACCGAGGUUCUUCUAGAAAUCUUCUCUUCUUAUUGAUUCAUUUGUACUGUUUUUAAUUUAGCGGAUCAUAUGUCGAUGAGAUUGGGUUGUGAACUAGAUAAGGUAAACAAGUGCAAUUAUUGAGCGCAGAGAAUUUCUUUUUCACAGGGUAGAGCUCAGUGUAAAGAUACUAUAUACGCCAUUCAUAAAUAAGACUUAUUGCUGAAGCAUUUGCUUCAUUCAUACUCCAGUACAAACACAACUUUGCGCCAUAGUAAUUCUUGCCAUCCAAAUCUGCGCCAAUAACAUGUUGGUUCCAUAAAGACUUUUUAUUGCAGUAUACGAAGCCCACGAAGAUUACGAUCAUUAAAAGGAUGGGAAAA